GCCGUGCGCCGGCUAGGAGACUUUGAGGCGAAAGCAGUGCACCUGUUGAAGAAGCAGCGCCCGAUCACCGACAUGGACGGAUGUCGAAUGAUCGCCAGGGGGCUCCGGUACCGAGGUUCGGACUGGACCCCGGCCGACGAGAGAGCGCUGCUCGCCGAGUGGGAGACGGAUCCGCUCCGAGACAAGCUCGCCAACCUCGACGUCAAGAAGCACAAGGACAUGCUUCCCCUGUGGAAGACGAUCAUACACUUCUUCUCCUGCUUCCCGACCUCCAUCAUCUCACCGAAGAACCACCUCCGCUACGGCGGGAGCUUCGAGACCGAGGACGGCCGCGUCAUCGAAGACCCGAACUGGUCCAAGGUCUUCUGUAGGCGGUUCGCCAACGUCGCGCUGCAUGGCGCAUUCAACCUCCAGCCGAGCCUGCUGGCUCUGGCCAUGCUGUACGUCGCCGUGUGCCGCACGGACUACCGCGGCCCGAUCCCCUGGCGCAACUGCACCACCGAGAAGUUCCUCGACCUACUACUCAAUGGGAUGCGGGCCCAGGACGGCUCCAAGUCCGUAGUUCAGGUCCACCGAGAAGUCCUAGGUCGCUUGGCCAUCGACGGCAUCAUCCCCAUCUCGUGUAUCUCGACGCUCUUCCGCCGAAUUGAGGAGAUGGCCUUCCGCGAGAACGCGGGCCCCCCGUUCCGGCCCGAAGAAGUACCCGUCUUCGAAGUCACGGUGGGUGACCUAACAACCCUCACCAGGGCAGCUGACUCCGUGAAGCGUGCCGGCGUGUGGGUCUUCCUUCCCGUCUCGCUGGUCUCGCGCAUAGCCAAGGCCGCGAGGAGGGACCAGGGCGAGCCGAAGACACUCGAGCACCUGAACGAGCUGCGAGCGGCGGUGAUAUUGAACGACAGACGUUUGGACGUCGUACACAGCCGCGAGCCUCGCGAGAGCCCCGAGGGCGAGGAAGAGUGGAUCGAUGAAGUGUGGGGCGAUGAAGAGGAUGAGGAUACGGACGAAGAGGGGGAAGAUGGAGAGUUUCCCUGGUAAGAAAGGGAUGGGCCGGAUAGGACAUGGGUCGGGUGCAGUUAUUAAUGGAUCGAGGAAGUCUCGCCACGACCACACGACUUACCUAGUGACCAUCAUCACCGUAGAUCGUAAAUCGUAAGAGGUAAUGAUUAUGGAGCAGAGAGGGUGUCACAAGGCAGUAGACGCGCCAAGAAUGUAGUAAUCGCUGCACAAACGAUGUGCUCAUACCUGGCAUGUGUAGGUACUUAUGAUUAGGGGUGUAACUACAGGGUGGG